AGCGUACAUCACCUACCUUAGUAGAUAUAAUGACAAUCAAACUGGUCGCCCUAGUAGCUAGCUAGCGCUUGUCUUGUAGUGAGUUAGCCAGCGGAUGGCAGCAGUGCACCUUAAAGAGCUGCUGUCACUGCAUUCAAGGAUGAAGAAGAAAAAUUCGGUGGCCGUCUUUUAAUUGGUUGAUAGAAUGGCUUGGUGCAGCAUGAGCGACCAAUAGUUAUACCCCAGAGUUUAGGUACGUCCAAUCAGGUGCCUUGUGGGCGGGACAUCGUCAUGCAAAAUUAUCUACUCCAAAUUCAACCGUUGUGUGAAUGUAUCGAGAUUCUAGUCUGUACUGUUUGAUAGUUGUAUAUGGAAACGCCUAUCAGACACUAUUUGAGGUCAUAUAAGUUGCCUGUAAGUGCUAGAAAUCACCUACGUCCACGUGAGUCUCUAAACGAAAGCGCUGAAGCUAGCAGAUGAUAAUAGUCUGCUAGGUUAGCUAAGCUAACUGUCUAGCCUGAAGCAUGCCGAAUUUUUGCGCGGCCCCAAACUGUACACGGAAGAGCACACAAUCCGAUUUGGCAUUUUUUCGGUUUCCACGGGACCCAGAGAGAUGCCGAAUCUGGGUAGAGAACUGCCGCAGGGCAGAUCUAGAGGCGAAAACAUCAGACCAGUUAAACAAGCACUACAGAUUGUGUGCCAAACACUUUGACCCUGCUAUGGUGUGCAAAACAGUGAGUAUUGCACAUGAUUCUAGCCAACAGCCUGGCAGCAUGUUUCCAGUUAUUUCCCAAAAAUGUGAGCCUCCCAAAAAUGGUUUAUUUGACUUUAUUGCUUUUCAGAGCCCCUAUAGGACUGUAUUGAAGGAUACAGCCAUUCCAACUAUAUUUGAUCUGACAAGCCAUCUAAAAAAUCCUCAUACCAGACAUCGCAAGCGGAUUAAGGAACUUACUGAAGAAGAUAUAAGGAAGAUUAAAGAAAGGAGAUUGGCAUCUUCUAUUCAGCAGCUUGUUUCGAAAAAAGAUGCUGCAGUCGAGGAUAGCACAAGCACCAAUGAGGAUGAACCUCAACUGUCCACAGAGGAGAAGGAGUUUCGUGAAUACCUGAGAUCCUUGUUUGAGGUUGUGGUCAUGUUAGGAAAACAGAGUAUCCCAUUAGUGGCUGACAAAGCAUCUGAAGCUGAACGCAUGUCCAACAACUUCCAGGCCCUUCUAGAUUACCGCAUGAAUGCUGGAGAUGAAGCUUUGAAGAAGCGGUUUGAGGCGACAGCUGUGAACACAGAAUACCUCUCUGCAACCCAGCAGAGCCAGCUCCUGGACGUCUGUGAGAACACCGUGAGAGAGGAGAUGCUAAUGGAGGUGCGAGAGAGUCGCUUCUUCUCCCUAGUGACAGGUGACCUUGUUGAAUUUGCCAACGAGAAACACCUGCCUCUAUUUUUACGCUUUGUGAAUCAGCAGAACGUCCUUCGAGAGGAGUUUUUAGACUUUAUGCUGUUUGAUGGCGAUGAAUCUGCACUGGUAGAGAGGCUGGAGGCCCAGCUGACUGACCGUUGGGGGCUUAGCAUGGAGGACUGCCGUGGUCAGGCCCACAAGGCCACUGGGACUUCCACCACCAAGAUGAAAGCUGUGGCAGUAUUACUGAUGGAGAAGUAUCCCCUGGCAUUGCACAUGCCUUGCUCUCAUAUGGCACUGAACAUCCACCUGGCCAACAGUCUGCCUUUUCCCAAUGUCCAGGUCGUCAUGGAGACUCUGAGGAGGAUUGGUGCUUUCUUUCGAACCCCGUUUACUCAAGAUGAGCUAGAGAAAGCUAUUUCUACUCACUACCAGAAAAAUGAAGAAAAAGGAACUGCACUAAAACAGGCCUGUGGCUCAGGAUGGACAGAGCAGCAUAAUGUCUUUGAUGUGCUGCUAGAUAUGUUGCCGCCUCUGCUGCUGUGCAUGGACAGCAUUCGGGACAAUGAUGAUGGAAAGUUUGCUGACGCUGCCACAGCGGAUGCAUAUUCAAUCACAGAAACCUUCGCUGACUUUGAGAUCAUUGUCACAAUUGUCAUCUUAAAGAAUGUUCUAACGUUCACCAGAGCCUUUGGGAGGAAUCUCCAAGGGGAAACACUCGAUGUGUUUUUUGCUGCCAACAGUCUAACUGCUGUCCUGCAUUCGCUAAAUGAGGUCAAUGAUAACAUUGAUGUCUACCAUGAAUUCUGGUAUGAGGAGGCUGUGAGUGUGGCAGAUUUAAUGGACGUUCCUGUGAAGGUGCCGAGGCUGUUUCUUCGGAAACAGCGUGCAGCUGACGUGGGAGAAAUCCAAGCAGAGGCGUAUUUUAAGGAGUAUGUGACCUUCCCUGUCAUUCGUGGCAUCAUGCAGGAGGUGGAAGACAUGUUCUGUGAGACCAACCUCAAAGCUCUCAAGUGCCUGUCGCUGGUCCCAGCCGUCAUGGGCCAAAUGAAGUUCAACACCACUGAGGAGAACUAUGCAGAUGUUUACCGCAACGACCUCCCCAACCCAGAUACACUUCCUGCGGAGCUUCACUGCUGGAGAAUCAAGUGGAAGCACAGGGGCAAAGAGGUGCGCCUGCCCACCACCAUCCAUGAAACCCUUCAGCUGCCAGAUGUCAAGUUCUUUCCCAACGUGAACUCCUUCCUCAAGGUGCUUUCCACUCUGCCAGUGCUGAAAUUAGAGGACAACAAAAGCGACACAGCGAGUGAACGGCUGCAGGCUUAUCUUAGCAACGUGCCCACCAAGCACUGGAACAAGAGUCUUGCAAUGCUUAACAUUAACACUCACGUCAAACACGACUUGGAUGUCAUGGUAGACAAAUAUUGCAGACUCUAUCCAGAGGAUGAUCCUGAAGCUGAGGCUGAGUCUGAGGAAGUGGCUGAGGAAGAUGGGAUGAAAUGACAUGAUGCAGGCACUGAGCUUGCUUCGCUGUUCUGGGACAAAAUGAAUGAAACAGAUGUGCUGUCAGUCAUAAACACAUCCUCCUUUGGUCACUCUUUUAUGUUUUUGUUUUUGUACACUUGGAUAUAAGUACUAAUAAUUUUAAUGCAGAUGUAAAGAGAUAAUAGAUGGCAUUUGUACUCAGUCCCUGAGGUUUCCAAGAAAAAAAAGACCCUUGUUCUUAUUCUAUGUGGUGAAAGUAGUGUUGUAUUUAAAUGCAUCGCAGCCUGAUCUUGCAUUGUAAAUAAGUACGCAUACUCAUUGGAGACUCAAUAAAGAUUGCAACACCACAAAACGUCCAGAAAUGUAAGGCAGUGGGCAUGAUCUGAAGAGUCUGUCAGGCUGUUUUCUUAGUAGCCUCCUCUGUAAUGAUGUUUUGGUCUCAAGGAAAGUAUUUUUUAGCCCUUUUUUCUUCAUUUAUUUUAUUUGUUAAAUUUGGUAGAUGGGGUUUUUCUGCACAGAUUAACUGCCAUAAACGGCUCAUUUACUGUUAGCUUUCCUUCAUCGUGAGCUUUCAUUUCAAACCACAUGAUGAAGGCAAGUGGUUCUGUUAAAUCCUUUCCACUGACAGUGAGGCAGGAGGAGCACAAGGGGGAGCAGUUAACGCCAAUAUCAGCAGAAACCCUGGAUUCAUGCUCAAUGGGAAGCAAUCUGUUUUUAUAAAUAAAAAGCUUACACUGCUAGUGUGACAUGUUUUGUCUAAUUAAUAAGGCCAGUAUGUUGAAAGUUCACCUCUUUGCGUUGAACAGGAGGAAAAUACCAUUCUGAGAUGUAAUAAAGUUUUACGUAUGCGUCCCAUGUACUGUCUUGCAGGGGAAAAAUGCAGGAAAUGGGACACAACUCUGGAUGUAGCAGUAAUUGUAUGUUCUUGUGAUAAUUAUUUAUGGAAAGAUGGUUUUCUUUUUGCUGCAGUGUUCAUUAACUUGUCAGAUUUUAUGUAAACUUUCACAAUCUGUAUAGAAUGCAAAAUGAAGGCGCUUUGAGUCAGUUUUGUGGCAAAAUGUCCCUUUUUAUUUUUCUCUUCAGUUGUAUGCGUACUUCAUUUUUGGAUCCGUCUAGUUACCACGUUAAAAUGAAAAUUUCAUCGAAAUCAUGUAAAUGUAGAAAAAGGAAACAGGAAAUCUGAAAAUAAUAAUGAAUAAAUGUAAAUAUUUGACUUGCAAGUUUAUACAUGGACAAGUAAAGAUUUUUCAUUUUUCA